CUCUUUUACUUCCAUUUCUGCAGAUGGAAUCAGGAUGGAGACUGUUGGGUUCUGGUUUUUCUUUCUAGCUUCUGUGCUCGGGCCUUGCAGUUCACGGGAGGUGAAAGUUCCUGCCGGACCAUUAUUUCGUGUGGAGGGCACCUCAAUCUCCAUUCCGUGUAAUGUGAGCAGAUACGAGGGUCCAGCUUUACAGAACUUUGAGUGGUUCAUGUACCGACCAGAUUCUCCAGCUAACUCCAUCUCCAUUGUCAGCACAAAAGAUCCAAACUUCUCUUAUGCUCUGUUUGCUGAUCGUGUAAAGAGCGGAGAGAUCUACAUUCAUCGUGUGAGUGGAGACAGUGUGGAGCUUCGUAUCAAACGCCUGCGUCAAGAAGAUGCUGGUGUAUUUGAGUGCUACACGCCGACUACAGAUGCAAAUUACUAUGGAUCUUACAGCGACAAAGUCAAUUUGCAAGUUAUUCCAGACAGUCUACAGGUAUCUGCCAAGUCUGUGCAUAAAGGCCGUCUCUCGGCUGCACCCCCUCUGCAGUUAACACUGACUGAAGGACGUGAACUUCAUUUGUCUUGCUCAGCAUUGUCUGAGUCAUUGCAACAUACGCAUCUCUCUGUUUCGUUUGGGGUUACUGCACCCGAUGCACCGGUUGGUCGUCAGACCCUCCAAGAAAUAAUUUCUGUUCAACGAGAUUUCAGUGUGAUACCAGCAUCAACCCAGGUGUAUAGUCAGCGAUUCCAGAAGGGAGAGGUGCGAGUAGAGAAAUCGGACAGUAGUGCCUAUAAAAUGAUUAUCGCUCGUGCUCUCCCGCAGGAUGCGGGCACAUACCACUGUACAGCUGCACAGUGGAUCCAAGACCCCGACGGGAGCUGGCAAAAAAUCACUGAGAAAAGAUCUGUACUUGCUCAGGUUACUGUCCAAACAAUAGAGAGCCAGCUGAAGGUGUCCUCACGGCCUCGCGAACUUCAUGUUCGUUCUGGAGAAACAUUGGAGGUUUUCUGCAAUGUGUCCACUGUGGUUCCACCUCCUCCUGAUGUAUUGUUUUCUGUAGACUGGCUGGUAAUUUCUUUACAAGAUUCUCGUGAGCAACUUGUGGCAGCAAUUUCCACUGAUGGGGUUGUAUCUUUGGGUGAGAAUUAUGCAGGGGCAGAUGUGGGCAUGAGGCACAUCUCUCUGGAAAAGCUUGGACCCCAUCCUGGAUCUUUCCGUCUCCGGAUACAUUCUGCUCAGCCAGGAGACGUAGGAGCUUACAGCUGUCGUGUCAAGGCGUUUGUGUCUUAUCCUGGCCAGGAGCUGCAAGUGGUGGCUAGUAAGAUUUCUCAACCUGUGACUGUCACCAUGCUUACUCAAGAUGUUGGGCUUCAGGUCAACAUGUGGCUGGCAUCCCCCACGCUUCAUAGUGGCGACACCGCACUUCUGCUAUGCAAUGUCUCCAUAGACACUACACAGUCUGUGCAUCUGGAGGUCAACUGGUGGGUGGAGCUGUCUGAAGAUGAACCAGAGGAGAAAGAUGGCCGAUUGUUAGUGUCUGUAAACCGAGAGGGUGUUUCGGAACUGGGGAUCCAUGUGUCAGAUAAGGAGCUAAGUGUAGACAAAGUGGAGCACCAGUGCUACAGGCUUCGCAAGUUCAAUAUCCAGGCAGCUGAUGAAGGAAAUUACCACUGUUCUGUAACAGCCUGGAUUCAGUACCCAGACCGAAGCUGGUACAAAGCCACAUCUGCAAUAUCCAACUCUAUUAUUGUGUAUCCAUAUGCACAUGCCAAAGAUCUGCUCCUGAUACCAUUGGUUGGUGGAGUUGCCAGUGCAUUAUUUGUGGGGAUCACCAUCCUGUCCACAGUCACUUGCUGCUAUAUGCGACGUCUACGGAGCCGCAAAAGAUGAAGUGUAAGGAAGUGCCAUUGAUCCCAGGAACUCAGAUUCCAAGCCCCAAAAAGCCAAUAAUGUGAAGCAAUUGAUUGUAUUAUAUAUAUUAACGUCUCUACAAAAAGUUACCAGCUGUGGUACAAUUGAGGUUCCUUUUCCUGAAGAUGCUUUUUAGUGACAGAUAUUUCAAGCACAGUUUGGAAGAAAAGAUGAAAGAUCAUCCAUUCUUCAAGUGGCCAUUAACAUGAACACUGUUUAUGUGUAUUUUUUUUUUUAAUACCCGUUGGGUAAUUUAGAAUGUUUUUCACAGUAAAUAUUUGUCAUAAAAGGAAAAUAAUGAGGAGAACACCCCAGUAACAAGGAUCUUGAAGGGUGAGAAAUAUUUUUUUAUCGUUCUACUGUGUGACCAUUGUUAAAACAAUUUUCAUGAUUUUUAAAUAAUAGUCAGGAGAGAAAUAAUUACUAGUCUACUCAA